UUGUCCCAAUGCCUCGAGGCGCCCUGCGAGCGGAUAUAAAGAGGCAUCAGAACGCGAAGGGUCUUCCAUUCAUUCUCAGAACUCCUGACAUUCAGGUGGAUCUUGUCCUGCCGCGAAGCCGCUCGCCGCUAGAAUAUCCCAAAUAGCCGUCACCAUUAUCAGGUCGGACAAUGCUGCGAGUCAGGUGUCUCAGAGGAGGUAGCAGGGGGGCCGAGGCCGCCCAUCUGAUCGGAUCUAUGCUCGGCCGCGCCAUGACAGGCUGGGUGCAGGGCGCGUUCCAGAGCUACUCGAGUUCCGCUGCUGCCGCGCAGCCGCAACGCGCCCUGGAGGAGAACGCUGUCACUGAGCCUGAGCGACAGGAGUGUCCUGUCUGCGCCUACAACGAAUGGGACCCCCUCGAGGAGGUGAUCGUAGGCCGCGCAGAGAACGCGCGCGUCCCUCCUUUCACAGUAGAGGUCAAGGCUAACACAUAUGAGAAGCAUUGGCCCUUCUACCAGAAGUAUGGGGGCCAAAGCUUUCCUGAGGACCACUUGAAGAAAGCCGUUGCUGAGAUUGAAGAAAUGUGCAAUAUUCUCCGCAUGGAGGGAGUUACAGUUCAGAGACCUGAACCCAUGGACUGGUCCUAUGAGUACAGCACUCCAGACUUCACCUCUACUGGCAUGUAUGCUGCCAUGCCCAGAGACAUCCUCAUGGUGGUGGGGAAUGAGAUUAUCGAGGCUCCCAUGGCCUGGAGGUCCCGCUUCUUUGAGUACCGGGCCUACAGACCCCUCAUCAAGGAGUACUUCAGAAAGGGUGCCAAGUGGACCACCCCCCCAAAACCCACCAUGUCUGAUGAGCUGUACGAUCAGGACUACCCUAUCCGCACGGUGGAGGACAGACACAAGCUGGCUGCCCAGGGAAAGUUUGUCACCACCGAACACGAGCCGUGCUUCGACGCCGCUGACUUCAUCAGAGCUGGCAGGGAUCUGUUCGUCCAGAGGAGUCAGGUUACAAACUACAUGGGGAUUGAGUGGAUGCGUCGCCAUCUCGCCCCGGAAUACAAGGUCCACAUCAUCUCAUUCAAGGACCCCAACCCCAUGCACAUCGACGCCACCUUCAACAUCAUCGGGCCGGGACUGGUGCUGUCCAACCCUGAUCGUCCCUGUCGUCAGGUGGAGAUGUUUGAGAAGGCCGGCUGGACCGUGGUGAAGCCUCCAACCCCUCUGAUUCCAGAUGACCACCCUCUGUGGAUGUCCUCUAAGUGGCUGUCCAUGAAUGUCUUGAUGCUGGACCCCAAACGGGUCAUGUGUGAUGCUAACGAGCACACCAUCCACAAGAUGUUUGAGAACCUUGGUAUCAAAACCAUCAAAGUGAACAUCCGCCACGCCAACUCCCUGGGAGGAGGCUUCCACUGCUGGACUACCGACGUGCGUCGCCGUGGUUCCCUCGAGUCCUACUUCCACUAGCCGUGCCAGAAGCAGACAGUUUUUAUUGAGCUUAAGUAAGGUUAAAGUCCCAAUCAACAAUCUGCAGUUGAUUUCUCAAUUUCAAAAAAUGAAAACCACGUGUUGAUUUAAAGUAAACAGUUAUGUGCAGUUACAGUGCCUUUUGCAAAAACGCUUGGUUAUGAGUUCAUUUUAACGCUCAACAACAACAAAAGUUUGUUUUUUUUAAACUUGAUUUAAAAAAGAUAAGUAAGUCAAUAUUCUCAAUACAUACUGUAUUUCUGGCGAGGCUAUUGUGAAGCAACGUCGUACCAUCUGAACGACUCUGAGUCACAUCAAAAAAACGAGUCGUUUGUAAAGAGGACAGGGUAGGUUACUUUAUGGGUAUGAUAACGAUGACAUCACACUUGGUUCUGUGUCUGAAAUGGCACCCUAUUCCCUAUGUAGUGCACUUCUUUUGACCAGAGCCCUGAGUGGAUGUUCGUUAUACUACUUCCUUUUGAGAACUCAGAAAAAAAAGACAUUUAUACAUUUAUAUCGAUUAUCAAUUGAUGCUGCCAUAUGAUUUAUUUUUUUUAUACGAUUUGUUUUCUAUCUAAAAGAACGUGUCAAACCUGUUUUAUAGUACAUCAUUAUUAUUAAACAAUGUGGGAUUUCUUAACUCAGGUAUUUUUAUUUUGUAAAAAAAAAAUGAGAAAAGAAUGAAUCAAUUGAGACAAAUGUAUACUAUAUUAUACUAUAUAUAUAUAUAUAUAUGUAUUUUAUUUGGGCUCAUACAUUUUUCAUUGUUUCCCAGAAAUUAGCCUUUUAUAUAUUUUCUUAAAAGGAGAAUGAGGUCCAUAUCAGAUAUUGUGAUACCUUGCAGACCUGGGUCAAAUAUCAAAUACUUUCAAAUACUUUCAAAUACUGCACUUAAUUUAGUUUGGACCAGUAGAACAUAGAACAACCAAUGUAGAACAACCAAUGUAAUAUGGUCCCAGAAGUACAAACUCAAAUACUUUCAAGUACAUGUAUUUUUUUCAAGUAUUUUACAGAAGUAUUUUACACUAUGUAUUUGUCCCGGUCUGAUACCUUAUUCCUCUGCUGUCUUCUGCAAUAGCAACAGAGCCAGAUCUAGUUGUUUUCAUUACACUGCUAAGCUGCUUCUAUGUUUGCAUGGUCAAAUGACCAAUAGGGUUCAGGAGGUCACUGGUUGCGUCCCAAAUGGCACCCUAAUCCCUGUAUAGUGCAUAAAGUAGUGUAUUAUAUAUGGAAUAGGGUACCAUUCGGGACACACAGUGUGUUUACGUCAUUACAACCCUAGUUUACGUUCGUAGUAGUUUUUUGUCCUUGGUGCACAUGUAAUGUACUCUUGGAGAUCAAGUGUUUUGGAUCUUGAAUUGAUAUUCGAUUGUUCCAAAGCAUUGAAGAUGGCUCAAGGAUGCAAUAUAAAUGAUUUAAAAAAUAAAUAAAUAAACAUU